AUGGUGACUUGCGAUAACGAGGGUUCAUCUCACGGCGGAUUUCACUUGGGCGCCCGCGAAGAUGAUUCGCGUCGACCACAUGCGCCCAGUGUGUCCUCCCUGUCCCUUUACAAGCAGAAGAUUGACGCGUUGUUUGACGACAAUCGAUCCAUCACUAGCUUGCCUCAGUACGGGCCGACGCCAGACGCAGCGAGGAGGGAUAGCAAGGUGAGUUUAACGCACGAAGGCAAAGCAACUAUAUACGAAGAUGAGAACGGUUAUUGCCAAACGAGGAUCAAAAAGAUCAAUAACACGGUGCAGGACCGUAUAGAGAAGAUGUUCGCAGACAUGGCUGGUGAGCCCAGACAAACCACAGACAGUAUCGGUGUCCACAUAUUUAGCGUACAUUACCUAGGCUCGACCCCGUUACAGAGCAAAGUCACCAGCCUAUCCGGACUACAGACGCCGCUUAAAGAUUUAUAUUUCGCCUAUAGGAGAAAUUUUCGUCAGAAGGGUUCGUUGACGGGUCGAUUAGAAAUAUCUAAUAGCGGUUUAAAAGUAAGGUAUAAAGGCGAAAAAGGAGACUUGGAACAACUGAACCCGUUCCCAACGAUAGCUGUCUGGUCAGCAGUAAAAUUUGUUGUUCAGCCUUCUGAGGACGAGAAGAAUGAUUUAAGUUACGCUUUUGUCCCUCUCAUCACUGAUCCGGAUAACAUCGAUCGGCAUGCAUUGUUUAAAACAUUAGAAUCGACAGAUAAGAAGUACAUCCUCUCCCACAACGAGAAUUCGCAUUCACCUCUUUUCGCUGUAGUGAUGAGGAAGAUUGGAGUUGCCAAGCAGCUGGAGUGUCAUGGGUUUGUAUGUCAGACGACAGAGGACGCUAUUGUGAUAGCAGCCACGUUAUACAAAUCUCUUAUGUCACAUAUGAGUCGGCAGGGGCACGCUGAUAAGAAUAAGCUGAAAAACCGUAAUGGAGUUAGUUGUAUGAGUGUUGCCAGCAGUCUACCGGGGCACGAAAUCCCUGUGCGACCGCCGCGCAAGAAGCGAAGUACGUCCUCUCUGAGUGGGGACAGCGAUAGGGCUGAUGGCUUUUCCGCGAGCGAGUCAUUUAGCGAGAAACCAAAACAAGAUAGGACCGCAAAGCUGCCAGAUAGUGUAUCGAUAUUUACUUCACUACCGGUGCACCAGUACGAAUCGAAAAGGAUAACGGUAGAGGAGGUUAAGGCUAAAUUGGACUCGAUAAAACACGACACAAGCGGCAGCGAUACGCAGGAGACGAAAAAGCCCUUUACGAAAGACAAUAUCGGUUCGAGCCAUAUCCAGAAUUUGCCGAUACCACAAAGCAGCACCGAAUCAUCGGUGCGAAGUAAAGUUUCAGAAAAGAUCGAACUAUUCAGAGAGCUGGAGAGACGAAAAAGUAUACAGAGGCCACCGAUUUUACCUCCACCUAUUCCGUUGAAACCGCAACAACCUCCGCCGGAUCCCCCCAAGGAAACAUUAAGAAGAACACAAAGCGGAAGAAAAUCAUUAAAUGAAUCUGGAGACAUUCUGACAAAAGUGGCCAUACCUCGGUCGGGCAGUUUCUUAAAUGCUGGUGGGCUGACCCGCUAUAAGUCUAUUGGACAUAGAAACAACGGUAAAAAAGGAGGCGGCUCACCAUUAGGUUUUAAUGAAUUGUUCAAUGAGUUCAAAGUGCAGGAGAACUUACAUUCGAUGGAUGAAAUACUGAAUGCCAUAAUAGACCCAGAAGGGAUGUCUUUUAAUGAUCUAAAGCCGAUUUAUAAAGAGUUUCUUUUAAAGUUAGCGGUUACAUUAACAAAAGACGAAAUAUUUCAACACAGCAAAGCCAUAAUGAAAAAGCAAAAGAAGAAGAUCUUGAGGCGCAACAGCACCUUCCAGAACAAAAGAAGGAAGAUUUUCAAAGGAGCUAGUGGAUUGAGAAUGGUUUUUAGACUGCCUUUUGGUAAAGAUUCGCGUAAAAAAGAUGCUAAGAAGCAAUUGAGCACAAUAGAUAUAGACACAGAAAACAAGGAGCCGGUAUCAGAAAGUUCAGUAUCGACGUCCAGUUAUGAUUUGAGGCAGUUUCGACCGAAAGAGCCGCCAGCGAUGCCGCAGACUAAAAGGCAAACGAUGAGACAUAGGAAGAGGUCCGACAAAGUUGUGCACGUCUCAAAGAGGAACGGAAAAGUAUCGAGGCCCGGCGAAAGGACGUCCACUUCCGAGGACUCGGACUUUCUGACGCUCAGCAAUCGGCUCGGUUGCCAAAACCGCAACAGCUCAAGCGGCUACGUGUCUUGUUCGGAAUGCGAAUCGGAAAGUUGCGUGGAUCGCUGCUACUGCUCGCUGAAAGGCGACAACAAAUCCAAAUGCUACUGCAAACCGGUUGACGUCGACAAGGACUCGCCGAAGUCACGACUAAUAAGUAAAAGCUGUAAAGACUGUUCCAAGGAGGUGUACGACGGCGAUUACAGCUACUGCUCGUGCGAUUCGGAGAGUUGUGCCGACAGCAACAAGUGCUACUGCACGAGCCCUCGCCGGCCGGCCGUGCAGAGCUCCCAGAGCCUAGAGCACCUGCGGAGCCCCUCCCACAGGACGUACUCGGACCGAAUGAAGCGCGCCUUCGACGACUACGACACUAAAGGGACGAGAGCGAGAUCCAGCGCGGCGUCGAGCAGACGUCAGGAGCGGAGCCGGAGGGCGCGCAGCUCCGACAGCCUCGCCCUGGACUAUGAGCUGCUGCUGCAGAACAAGGCGCGCGACACCAGGGCGCGGAACAUGCAGCGGUUGACCGUCCGGAGCACCGGCGCGGGCUCCCACGACGCGCUGAGCGUGAAAAAGUCCGCAGAGAUGGCGGCACUCUUCGCCGACGUGCGCCUCUCGCAGAGGACGGAUGUGCGCUCUUUGGCGGGGGGGCGAAGGGCCAGGCCUCCGCCCCUGCCGCCUUCGCCGCCCAGGGCCGCGCCCCAACUGGCCCGCAUGUUCGACCAUCUGCCGCUGAGCAGGAACGCCAGUCUCGAGGACACUUUGGGAUAUCUGCCG